AUGAGUUUGUCUAGAAGAGGUGCAAAAUGGAUACUUACUAGAUACAACAAAGUGCCCCUGGUGCAACAGCAAACAUCAAUGGAGUUGGGGGGAGGUGGUGGCAAAGUUGCUCGGUUAGGAAACUUCUUGGGAUUUGAAGCUGCGGUUCUUUCAGUCAUCAUUGAGAAGCUGAUAGAAAAGUCAGUUUCAGAUGUGCUUGUUCGAUUUGGAUGUCAAGAGCACAUCCUUACGGAUCUCAUAAAGUGGGAAAAGAUAUUGCUGAAUAUUCGUGCAGUGCUUGACGAUGCAGACGAGAAGCAGAUGACAAACCGGAUGAUGGCCCAAAUAGAGAUUAAUACUAGGUUGCAAGAUAUUGCAACAGAGAAAGACCGACUGGGUCCGGUAAAAAAUUCAGAAGGAAGGUUUGACAAAGUCAAGCAAAAACUGCCCACUUAUUCUUUGGUGAAUGAAGCCAACGUUUAUGGUAGGGAAGAAGAUAAGGAGGCAAUACCUGAAACAUUGCUAAGAGAUUAUUUUACAGGUGAUGGAGUUCCUGUUAUUUCUAUAGCAGGGAUGGGAGGGAUAGGCAAGCUCCUCUUGCUCAGCUUAUUUACAGUGGUGUCAAAGUGGAAAAUCAUUUUGAUAUCAAAGCAUGGUUCAUGUUUAUGA